ACAUUAUUUUUGUACCAAAAAAGAAAUCUAGUGAUAUGGUUCACCUCAUCCCAACAAACGCCGAUUGCAUCCCUCGGCGCCGACCUCUCUCUCUCUCUCUCUCUCUCUCUCUGAAAGUUUGAAGAGAGAGAUAGAGGGAACUUCCGUCUUUCUCACUCCCCUCCUUCCCUUUCCCGCUUCUCUCCCAUCGCCAUUGCUCUCUAAUCUCCGACCAUUCAUUCGAUCCUGAAAGAAAGCAAAUGGCUCGGAUCCACGUCGCCUCCAUCUUCAUCGUCAUGCUCUCCAUCCAGCUCAAUCCCUCCGCUUCCCUCGACACCUCCGGCGACACUGCGGCCACCUUCCUCCUCCCGCCUACCCAGCUUGCCAGCGGCCUCCGCCCCGCCAUGGUCCUCCCUCUCUUUCUCUCUUCUCCCAAUUAUUCCAAUACGAUCCCCUCCCGUCGCCAUCUUCAAAGAUCGGAGCCCCAGGCUGCACGUCCCAAUGCUCGCAUGAGACUCUAUGACGAUCUCCUUCUUAACGGCUACUACACCACUCGGCUUUGGAUCGGAACGCCACCGCAGAGAUUCGCUCUUAUCGUUGAUACGGGUAGUACUGUCACCUAUGUUCCCUGCUCGUCGUGUGAACAGUGCGGCAAGCACCAGGAUCCAAAGUUCCAGCCUGAAUUGUCAAACACGUACCAACCUGUGAAAUGCACUGUGGAUUGCAGCUGUGACAGUGAGAGGGAGCAAUGUGUUUAUGAGAGACACUAUGCUGAAAUGAGUACUAGCAGUGGUGUACUUGGUGAGGAUAUUGUAUCCUUUGGGGAUCAAAGUGAACUUGUGCCGCAGCGUGCUGUUUUUGGUUGUGAAAAUGUUGAGACUGGCGACCUCUAUAGUCAACAUGCUGAUGGCAUAAUGGGUUUGGGACGUGGUGAUCUCAGUAUCGUGGAUCAGCUUGUUGAAAGAGGUGUAAUUAGUGAUUCUUUUUCUUUAUGUUAUGGUGGGAUGGAUGUUGGUGGAGGUGCAAUGGUUCUUGGUGGAAUUACUGACCCAACAGGCAUGGUCUUCACCCAUUCAGACCCUGUCCGCAGUCCAUAUUAUAAUAUUGAGCUGAAAGAGAUUCAUGUUGCUGGGAAGCGGUUGCCUUUGAAUGCUAAAGUUUUUGAUGGAAAACAUGGAACUGUCUUGGACAGUGGAACUACCUAUGCUUACUUGCCAGAAGCAGCAUUUAUAUCAUUUAAAACUGCCAUUAUGAAGGAACUUCAUUCCUUUAAGCAGAUCCGUGGUCCUGAUCCAACUUACAACGAUAUUUGCUUUUCUGGUGCUGGAAGUGAUGUGUUGCAGCUGUCAAAAACUUUUCCAGCUGUUGACAUGGUAUUUAGAAAUGGACAAAAGUUGUCACUGUCACCUGAAAACUACUUAUUCCGGCAUUCGAAGGUGCCUGGCGCAUACUGCCUUGGGAUUUUCCAAAAUGGAAAGGAUCCAACUACUCUUUUAGGAGGAAUUAUUGUUCGCAAUACUCUUGUCACAUAUGAUCGCAAGCAUGAAAAGAUUGGUUUCUGGAAAACUAAUUGUUCUGAACUGUGGGAAAUACUACACAUUCCUGAUGCUUCUCCAGAAUCUUCAGCUUUUAAUAAGGAUAAUUCAUCUGCUGAAAUACCGAGUGCGGUGGCUCCAAAUGGAUCACCAUAUAAUGAUAUUCCUGGAGGACUCCAAGUUGGACUGAUAACAUUUAAUAUGUCUUUGAGUAUUAAAUACUCAGACCUGAGGCCUCACAUUACUGAACUUGCUGGGUUCAUAGCUCGUGAUUUAGAUGUUAAUAUUGCUCAGGUACGAUUAUUGGAUUUCACAACCAAAGGGAACAACACACUCAUAAAAUGGGCCAUAUUUCCUGCUGGACCUUCUGAUUACAUUUCUAAUGCAACCGCAACGAAAAUUAUUUCCCAGUUAGCUGAACAUCAUGUGCGGCUGCCUGAUUCCUUUGGAAGUUAUCAGAUGGUUGAGUGGAAGGUUGAACCCCCAUCAGAAAGAACAUGGUGGCAGCAACAUUAUGUGGGAGUUAUCGUGGGAAUAAUUGUUACAUUAGUUCUUGGAUUAUCAGCUUCCGGAUUAUGGGUUAUUUGGAGACGGAACCAGCAAAUGCUCAUUCCAUACAAGUCCGUUGAUGCUGCCGUUCCGGAGCAAGAACUACAGCCACUGUAAACUGCCAACCAUUCCCUGCCCCAUGGUUUACAUCCAGACGUUUCUUGUAAUGCACACUGUUGACCCAACGAAUGAUUGAAUUCUGCAGCUGAAGCGCCCCGUCUGAAGACUUUUGAUACCGGAAAGGGUUUGCGCUCUUGGCCACGACAACCCUCUUGAUCCAUCUGCCCAACACAACGCCAUUCUUCUACUUUCUCUUCAUUUUCUUUCAAUAGAAUGAUCUUCAAUUUUUAUUUUUAUUUUUUCUGGGGGAGGAAAGUAAAAAAGAACCACCACAUUUUGGGCCUGUCACAUUUUAUACGUUUUGUGAAAUUGUGAAUAUUGUAAGAUACAGUUCAGCAAAAAGCUUGCUCCGAAUGCCAAUCUGACUCCUUACAGUAUUGUGCAAA